AAACGCUGUAUGGCUAUUUUUACUCAGAUUUUAAAUCCAAUAACUGGACAAAAUGAGUGGUCUGCUAAAGACGACACAUACGACUAUCACCAAGAAGUGGCAAAUGCUGGAUUUGGGGACAUGCUUCAUGACUGGGAGAGGAACCAAAAAUAUUAUCAAGCUCUGAAAAAAACAAUAGCUAAAAUGCACAGUUUAGGCAGAGAAGCUCAUGUCCUCGACAUUGGAACCGGAACCGGUAUACUAUCAAUGAUGGCGGUGUCAUCUGGCGCAGAUUCGGUGACGGCGUGCGAAGCAUUCCUGCCCAUGGCCAACUGUGCCGAAAAGAUUUUGGAGGCAAAUGGGAUGAAGGACAAAAUUAAACUGAUUAAGAAAAGAUCGACAGAUAUUGAAAUCGGUGUAGAUAUGGCAAGGAAAGCCAAUUUAUUGGUCAGUGAAGUUUUAGAUACUGAACUAAUUGGGGAAGGAGCUAUUGGCAUUUACAAUCAUGCCCACACCAAUUUGUUGACAGACGACGUUGUGUGCAUUCCAUCGAGAGCAGUGUGUUUUGCGCAACUUGUUAGCUCUCCUUUAGCCGCUCAAUGGAAUUCGAUGAAAAUUUUGGCCAAUUUGGAUGGAGACGUGUUAUUAAGACCACCAAAAGAAAUUUCCGAAUGUAAGGGAGAGGCUAACCUUCAUGACGUUCAACUCUCUCAGUUACCUUUAGAAUCAUUUACGCCGCUCACACAGCCCAUAGAAAUAUUCCAAUUUGACUUUAAUUCAAAAAAUCCUCGUGAGUCGGAACGCCAUCGGAAUAUUGAAACAAAAGCCUGUUUUGCUGGAAGUACCGAUCUCGUAUUUUACUGGUGGGAGAUUUCCUUGGAUGUAGAGGGUGAGAUCAGGCUAUCAUGUGCUCCUUACUGGGCGCAUCCGGAUCUGAAGGAACUAGCUGCUUCAAAAGUGCCAACAAAACCAUUGUCUAAUGUCAUUCCAUGGAGAGACCAUUGGAUGCAAGCAAUUUACUAUAUACCGAAACCCUUAUUCUUCCAAAAGAACGACAACUUUACACUACAAUGUAAUCAUGAUGAAUACUCCUUAUGGUUCGAUGUGAGAGUCAGCAAAAACGACUUAAUUUCAAAAGUUCCUAGACACGAGUGUUCCUGCAGAAUGCAUCUGACUUAUUCGAGGUCUAGAAUUGGACAAAUGAAUGAGAGCUUUCGUAAUAAACGCUACAUGAAAUUCCUAGAGGAACACAUUAAUGCAGGUUCCAACAUAUUGGUGCUUAGUGAAAAUUGUCUCCUGGGAAUAUCGUGCCUUAAACUUGGAGCCAAGUCUGUAAUAUGCUACGAACCUCAACACUACUCGAGAGAUUUUUUAAAAAGUGUUGUUAACUACAAUCAAUUGGACAAUGUAAGAAUAACUGAAAAAAUUAGCGACAUAACGGAAGCAGAGUUCAAAGCUGUCAACUUUAUAUUCGCCGAGCCCUAUUUCCUAAACUCAAUAUUGCCGUGGGAUAACUUUUAUUUCGGUACAUUACUAAUGCAAAUAAAAGAUAGGCUUCAAAAUUUUAACGAGAUGCUCAUAUCGCCACAUAGUGCUAAGAUAUAUUGUGUUCCACUAGAAUUCUUGGAUUUACAUAAAAUUCGUAGCCCUGUAAAAGAGUGCGAGGGCUUCAAUUUAAGUCUCUUUGACCAAAUGGUGCAGGAGUCCAUGUCAGUUGCUCAAGCAAAGGUUGAGGCGCAGCCGCUUUGGGAAUACCCUUGUAGGGCAUUAGCAAAAGAACAAGUGGUACUGCGUGUAGAUUUCAAGCAUUUUGAUAAAGACCAAUCAGUAAAAGGAACAAUUCCAAUAGAAUGUACCUCGGAAUGCAAUGGAAUUGCAUUAUGGGUCGAUUGGUUGUUGGAUGAUACCAUCGAUACAAAAUCUGUUGUUAGUUCUGGACCGAUUGAGCCCAUUGAAGUUGGAAAAUAUAUUAAAUGGAACAUGUUUGUUCGCCAAGGCGUACAUUUAAUGAACCAAGCACAGCAGGUUGAACGUGCAAAGAGCGAAGUUCACUGGGAUGUCACUUUCAAACCUAACGAGGGACUCCUAGAUUUUAAUUUUUUUGUCAAAUAA